AUGUCAUCGUCUAAUCAAUAAUUUUUUAAGUUAAAAAAUUCCACUUAUUAUUACUUGAGAUAAACAGACGGCACAUUAUCUGAGCAAGGUGUAAGCAAGAUUGAUAUUCACUAGCAAUUUACAAAUAAAAGUAGGUAUAUUUAAUGCAGGCAAAAUUAUAUUUAAAACAGUCUUUCAUAAUUCAUAUAUGAAAAUAUAAUUAUACUUACUUUUUCCAAUAGCUUCAAGUAAGAUUGCACCCUCAAAAGAUUAUCACUCAAUACAUUUAUGAAAAAGGAAAUAAGAAUUUUUAAAAUAAUUAAAAAAAACUACUUUAAGCGGAUACAGAAAAUUAGCAAGUUUAAAAAAUACAAACAUAACAAACACAAUUUUAAUGGGAACCUAAUUUACAAGUAGAAUAUUUCACUCCUUUCCAUAUACUAAAGAGCUCUAAACUUAUGGGUCUAAGGGAAAUUAAAUACUAGUUAUCAGAUGUAAUUUAAAUUAUGUGAUCACAAAUUUAUGGAGUGAA